CCGGCCCUCUGGCCCACUCCUCGGCUCGCCUGGUUGUCCCCUCGUCCGGUUGUGCGCUUGUCGGCUUGCCAACGAAAGCUACUGCACACACUAGCAUUUGCCCCCGAUGAAGAUACAAACCGACACACAGUGACAUGUUCUCUCGCCCGCCUGCUGGCCGUCCCGACUGUAGGUAGGGUGAUGGAAGAGAGGAGCAACACCUCGAUUUGGUUCAGCGGUCAUCGGUCAUCUCCGCAGAGUCGAUGUGUAGCCACGGCUGGCCGGCAAAGCGAAAUAUCCAACCGUCCUGAUGAUGCCUUUUUCCGCACCCCAUUGCCCCUUGAACAGAGCGUGCCGAUGUUUGUCCCAUUUUCCCAUCUCUCUAGGCUUAUGGACGUUUGUCUGGUGCGCACUCUUUCAGCCGGUCGUCAUGCUCAUCUGUCUCCGAAGCGAGUGUUUCCAACCCGUCGGUAG